AUGACCAAUAUCACCAACAAUACUAUCAACAAGACAUUGAGUCACAUCAUCCAAUACCUCUCCUCCGAAACAUUGGUGAACGGUCCUCACAAUAGUGUACUUUACCCGGCAUGGACAACUGCCGCCCAUUUUCAAAACUUACCUUCUUAUAAACAGAUUCAAGACAUAUUUGUAUCAUUAAAAAACGCAUUUGGAUUUCAGUACGAUAGUAUGAUAAACAUGGUAGAUCAUCUAAUGGUGAUGUUGGAUUCUCGUGCUUCAAGAAUGACACCCGCUUUAGCGCUUCUGACCUUACAUGCAGAUUACAUUGGGGGACCAAAUGCCAAUUAUCGGAAAUGGUACUUUGCAGCUCAACUCGACCUGGAUGAUGCCAUUGGUGAUAAGAACGCCGCCACUCGUGUGGCAGAAAACCAAGAGACAGCAGCCAUUGAUGAAAAUCAGCAGCAGACCUUGACAGAAGCCGAACAACAAUGGCGUAGCAGGAUGGAGCAAAUGUCGGAUCACGAUCGAAUUCGACAAUUGGCUUUAUGGCUUAUGAUUUGGGGUGAGGCAUCCGUCAUCCGUUUCUGUCCUGAAGCAUUGUGUUUUAUUUUUAAACUGGCUGAUGAUGCCGUUGAAAGUAAAACAACAGAGGUGGCACCCGAAGGAGAUUAUAUGGAUACCAUCAUUACACCGCUAUAUGACUUUGUCAAGGAUCAAGUAUAUCGUAAUGAUAAAGCAAAUAACUCCAUACGAAGAGAUAAAGAUCAUGCUGAUGUUAUUGGUUACGACGAUGUGAAUCAAUUAUUUUGGUACCCAGAAACCAUCACUCGUCUUGUGCUAAAUGAUAAGACAAAGUUCAUGACAAUUGCUUCUACAAAACGGUACGAUUCUCUGCGUGACAUGAACUGGAAGAAGGCCUUUCAAAAGACUUUUAAAGAAAAGCGUUCUUGGAUGCACUUGGCUGUUAACUUUACUCGAAUUUGGAUCAUUCACAUUGUUUCCUUCUGGUAUUAUAUCGCAGCCAAUUCCGGUAUAUUGUACCUAGAUGACGACAAGGAAAUUUCAGAACAAGAAACAUCCGUUAAAAUCUCUAUGGCUGCACUUGGCGGUGUAGUAGCUACACUUUUGGUGAUGUUGGGCAGUUUUGUUGAAUACAUCUAUGUUCCGAUGAAUUUUCAAAGAGCCGGUAUUCUUUCUCGACGUAUGGUCAUACUGGUUUCGAUACUUGUCUUGAACGCUGGUCCGUCUGUGUAUUGUAUCAAAUUAAAUCGAACAGGUACUUUAUCCAUGGUUGUUGCGGUUGCUCAGCUGCUGAUCAGUUUAAUUACCAGUGUUUAUUUUGCCAUCAUACCUCAGUCUCGCUUGUUUAUUCGUUCCUCCAAAGCUAAAGACGAACGCAAAACACCAGCAAGUCAAACAUUCACCGCUAGUUUCCCACAUUUGAAAAGAACCGACCGAUUAAUCUCAAUUGGUUUAUGGUCCUGUGUAUUUGGUUGUAAACUUUUGGAAUCUUAUUUUUUUAUUGCGCUCUCGUUCAAAGAUCCACUCAAAGCAAUUGCCAAUAUGAAAGUACUGGAAUGUCAAGACGCUAUUACAGGGUCUCUUUUGUGUAGUUACAUGCCAUCCAUCUCUCUUGUUCUCAUGUUGUUAAUGGAGCUGGUCUUGUUCUUUUUAGACACGUAUCUAUGGUAUGUUAUAUGGAACACGGUAUUUUCGGUGGCUCGUUCAUUUUAUCUGGGUAUCUCUAUUUGGAGUCCAUGGCGAAAUAUCUUUUCCAGAUUACCUAAACGAAUCUAUGCAAAAAUAUUGGCUGCCUCCGAGCUGGAUAUUCAGUUACAGCCCAAAAUCCUUUGCUCUCAGGUAUGGAAUGCACUGGUAAUCUCCAUGUUCCGUGAACAUUUACUAUCUCCUGACCAUGUAUCCAAAUUAUUAUAUAGACAGAUGCCCGGUUUAGGAACAAACAAACCUUCGUUAAAAGCCCCUAAUUUUUUUGUCUCACAAGAAGAUGUUGCAUUCAAAACAGAGUAUUACCCUCAAAAAAGUGAAGCAAGUCGUCGCAUGCAGUUCUUUGCUCAAAGUUUGACCACUCCUAUGCCCGAAUCAUUACCUGUACCCAACAUGCCCACUUUUACCGUCAUGACACCGCAUUAUGGAGAAAAAAUCAUCUUGUCCCUGCGAGAAAUCAUUCGAGAAGAAGACAAGAAUGCGCGCAUGACUUUACUUGAGUAUCUAAAACAAUUACAUCCUUUUGAAUGGGAAAAUUUUGUCAAGGACACCAAAGUUUUAGCAGAUGAAGAUCCGGAUCAGCCACAGGAUGAAACUGUCACUGUCAAAUCGCAAUCCAACAUGAGCUCCGCCACGGAUGAAAAAGCAGAAAGACAGCACAAGAUUGACGAUUUACCGUUUUAUUGUGUGGGAUUUAAAUCAUCCGCCCCCGAAUAUACGUUGCGUACUCGAAUUUGGGCUUCCCUGAGAUCUCAGACAUUGUAUCGUACAAUCACAGGCUUCAUGAACUACCAAAAGGCCAUCAAACUACUCUAUCGUGUAGAGACACCUGCGCUAGGUGGUGGAUCCCCCGGAAUUUCUGAAAUUGAGCUUGAACAAAUGGCCAACCGCAAGUUUACAUUCAUUGUCGCUAUGCAAAGGUAUACGUCGUUUAAUGCUGAAGAAAAAGAAAGUGUCGAAUAUAUCUUAAAGGCGUACCCAAACCUUCAGAUUGCUUAUCUUGAGCAAGUCAAGACACCGCGUGAAGACCCCAAUGAUCCUAUCAAGUUUGAUUCUGUCUAUUACUCGGCCUUAAUUGACGGUUACUGUGCUGUUAAACCAGAUGGGUCUCGCACUCCCAAGUAUCGAAUUCGAUUACCUGGCAAUCCCAUUUUGGGUGACGGUAAAUCUGAUAAUCAAAAUACGGCCUUGAUCUAUUACCGUGGUGAAUAUUUACAAUUGAUUGAUGCUAAUCAGGAUAAUUACUUGGAAGAAUGUAUCAAGAUUCGUAAUGUACUUGGUGAAUUCGAAGAAAUGUAUCCAUCCAAUGAAUCACCUUAUGCCAAUGACACGUCUGGUAAAAGUCCCGUGGCUAUUGUGGGUGCAAGAGAAUAUAUCUUUUCUGAAAAUGUGGGUGUGCUUGGUGAUGUAGCUGCUGGUAAAGAACAAACCUUUGGUACCUUGACACAACGUAUUAUGGCAACCAUUGGUGGCAGAUUGCAUUAUGGUCAUCCUGAUUUUUUACAUGCUAUUUUCAUGACAACGCGAGGUGGUGUCUCUAAAGCGCAAAAGGGCCUUCAUUUGAACGAAGAUAUUUACGCUGGUAUGAACGCAUUUGAACGUGGAGGACGUAUUAAACAUGUGGAAUACUACCAAUGUGGUAAAGGUCGUGAUCUUGGUUUUGGAUCUGUAUUAAACUUUGUGACCAAGAUUGGUACAGGUAUGGGAGAGCAAAUGUUGUCUCGCGAAUAUUACUACCUGGGUACGCAACUCCCUUUAGACCGCUUCCUGACAUUUUUUUAUGCACAUCCUGGAUUUCAUAUUAACAACAUCUUUAUUAUGCUCUCCGUGCACAUGUUUAUGUUUGUCCUGUUGUUUGUGGGUGCUACUAGUGUUCCAUUAACCCUGUGUGAAUUUGAUGUGAAUGCAGGACCAGAUUCCCCUCAAAAACCAGACGGGUGUUAUAACUUGAAUCCUGUUUUCGACUGGUUAAAACGUGUGGUGAUCUCUAUUUUUGCCAUCAUUUUUGUUGCCUUUUUGCCGCUCUUCUUACAAGAAUUAACUGAGCGUGGAUUUUUUCGUGCAUGCAGUCGACUCUGUAAACACAUGUUGUCCAUGUCUCCCUUUUUCGAAAUCUUCAUCACACAGACAUAUGCGAAUGCGAUUUUGAACAAUUUAUCGUUUGGUGGUGCACAAUAUAUUGGUACAGGUCGUGGAUUUGCAACUGCUCGAUUACCCUUUUCCCUGUUGUAUUCUAGGUUUGCAGAUACUAGUAUGUAUGUGGGGGCAAGAAUGUGCAUGAUUUUAUUCUUUGGUUCAUUGGUGUUAUGGAUCCCACACUUGGCCUAUUUCUGGAUCACUGUGAUGGCUCUUGUGUUGUCUCCCUUUGUGUUUAACCCACAUCAGUUUUCUAUGACAGACUUUUUGGUGGAUUACCGCGAGUAUAUUCGAUGGUUAUCACGGGGUAAUGGUGUUACGAACGACAAUUCAUGGAUUGGCUUUUGUCGGUUUACACGUAUGCGUACUACGGGUGUGAAGAAGAAGCAGUUGGGUGAACCCAAAUCUGCCAAACAACAAUCGCGUGCACGGUUCGGUGUCAUUUUAUUCUCAGAAAUUGUGCUACCCUUUAUCCUAGCAGUGUUGUGUACGGUUGCCUACAUGUUUAUCCGUAGUAUUGAUCCUAUCGACAAUACAAAACCUUAUAAAGGUCCCAGUGCACUUUUGCGUGUAGCAGUUAUCUCCUUUGGUCCAAUCUUAUUGAACGCGGGUGUCUUGGCCGUGUUAUUUAUGGUGUCCUUGACAGGUGGAUGUGUUGCUUCCUUAUGUUGCGGCGUGAAAUUUGGUGCAACGAUUGCUGCCAUUGCGCAUGGAUGGGCUGUAUUUAAUUUCAUUAUAUUCUUUGAGAUUUUGUACUUUUUAGAAAAUUGGAAUUUCACUCAUGUUAUCUUGGGCAUGAUUGCUGUGGCCUCGGUGCAACGAUUCAUCUUUAAGUUAAUGACAGUCUUGCUACUGACGCGUGAGUUUAAUGGGGAUCAAAGUAAUCAAGGAUGGUGGACAGGACGUUGGUAUGGUCGCGGGUUUGGCUGGCACGCGUUUACACAACCUUUACGAGAAUUUGUGUGUAAAACAGUAGAGAUGAGUUUAUUCGCUACUGAUUUUAUCAUGGGCCACUUUAUCCUCUUCUUUUUGUUCUGCGUAUGUUUGAUCCCGGGUAUUGAUAAGUGGCAUUCGCUCAUGCUAUUUUGGUUGAAACCCAAGGAACAAAUCCAGGAACCUAUCUAUUCAGCCAGCCAAAAAUCCAAACGUCGACGUAUUUCCAUCUUUUAUGGGUUCCUGUUGGUGAUUAUGUUUGUGUUGUUUGCUGGUCUUUUGGUAGCUCCACAUAUCAUCGGCCCGCGUUUAAAUCUAAAAAUUACCUUGCCCAUUUAAAGAAAAAAAAUAAAAUAAAAGUAAUAUACCCUAGUGAAUAUUUUGUAAUCUGAGAGAAAAUUUAUUAUUGAACAAGUCGAGUCCGGUUAGAGACAGCUUUAUUGAGGUGGAGGAGG